AUGGAGGAAGAUCGAGCUCAGGUGGACCUGGGCGUCGCUGUCGAUGUCGAAGAAAGACUAGAGGAAGCUGCAGCACAACAGAGGCAGCCAAAGAAGCGGUUUGUAGGGAGGAGGCAAGCUGCAGAGGCAGCGUUGAAGAAUGGCCCAAAUUCCUCUGUGGAAGACAGCGGCGCAAUCCAAGUCUCAUCAACACCAAGGCGAAAUCCACGAACCCUCAACCAAGUCCCUCCCGAAAUCCUCAACGACCCCGACAUCAACGCCGCAAUCGCCCUCCUUCCCUCCAACUACUCUUUCGAAAUACACAAGACCAUCCACAGAAUACGAACGAAUGGCUCGAAGAAAGUCGCUCUCCAGAUGCCCGAGGGUCUCCUGCUAUUUGCAACCACAAUAUCCGAUAUCCUCACACAGUUCUGUCCCGGUAUUGAAACACUCAUAAAUGGCGAUGUUACAUAUGGCGCAUGUUGUAUAGAUGACUACACGGCAAGAGCUCUUGGUUGUGAUCUUCUGGUUCACUACGCCCAUUCAUGCUUGAUUCCGGUGGAUGUCACCAAGAUCAAGACACUCUAUGUGUUUGUCGAUAUUAGCAUUGAUACUGCUCAUCUCCUAGCCACGCUGGAGAAAAACUUCCCUUCUGGGAAGACGAUUGCUAUGGUUGGAACCAUUCAGUUCAAUGCAACUUUACAUGGAGUUCGAGCUCCUUUGGAGAAAGCGGGCUAUAGUGUCUUAAUUCCGCAGAUAUCCCCGUUAAGUAAGGGCGAAAUAUUAGGGUGUACCUCGCCUCGACUCACUACCGAUGGCGUUGACAUGAUUCUAUAUCUUGGGGAUGGGAGAUUUCACCUAGAAAGCGCCAUGAUCCACAAUCCAUCUAUUCCAGCGUACCGAUACGAUCCAUAUUCACGAAAACUCACCCGAGAAAAUUAUGACCACAAGGAAAUGCAGACAUUACGACGAGAAGCUAUAAAUUCGGCGAAAACAGCAAAGAAAUGGGGCCUCAUUCUGGGGUCACUAGGUCGACAGGGAAACCCACACACCAUGGCCAUGAUAGAACGCAAACUUGAGGCGCAAGGGACUCCCUACAUCAAUUUACUACUGAGCGAGAUAUUCCCCGGAAAGCUUGCCAUGAUGGAUGACGUUGAAUGUUGGGUACAAGUUGCGUGUCCGAGACUGAGCAUUGACUGGGGAUAUGCAUUCCCACGACCACUACUCACACCUUAUGAGGCCUUGAUUGUACUUGGUGAAAAGGAAGACUGGGCGAAAAGCAACGAUGGCAUAUACCCCAUGGAUUACUAUGGGAAAGAUGGGCUUGGGAGAACAAAGGCUGCCCAGAGCGUUGCAGUUAAGGGUUGA